AUGUCAGCAAAGCUGUACUUGCCCGCAGAGAUACAAACGCAAAUCCUCCUCGAGGCAUUCAAAAUCAUCGCAUUUCCAGAUUUCUGGAGAGCCAGAGCGGUGAAUAGCUUCUUCGCGAGUGAGAUCAAAGCUAUAGUGACCGAAUCAAUCCAGCAGAACGACGGGUUUCUCGGCUUCGGACCCGAUUCCGAUCUGGCAUCAAGUAACGAUCUUGAACAUCGAGUGGAAGCAUCAUACGAGGCGCAUGGUCAGGGAGGGCGAUAUGGAUGGGCUGAAGAGGUGGAUCGAGUUCCUGCAAUGAUUGAUUACCGAAAGGUGAUGAAUGUGAACCCGGCUAUUACACAGGCACUUGCUUCUGGAACUCCGGAGAUCUUGGGUCUCAUUCAGGAUGAAUGGGAAGCUAAGUUCAGCGAUGUCCCCCUGGUGCCUCAUAUCUUCAGAGAGGCCGUCAACCAUGGCUUUUUGGUGACCGUCAAAUGGCUGUCUACCAGUGGUCGACUGAAUAUGAAUAUGCGGACAAGCUCGGCCUAUUGGCCCAAUGGGCGACUACAUCUCGUCAUAAAUAAAGCGCCAAUCCCAAAUAGACUGGAGAUCUUGGAAAAUCUUCUCAAGCAAGGGGCAGCCCCUGAUGGACCGGAGUGGGCGAAAACCACUCCGUUUGAGGACGCGGUGCGACAAAAAGAUGCCAAGGCAGCGGAAGUUCUUCUAAAACACGGAGCAACUUUCGAACUUGGUUCUGUCAAGAGGGCUCUUUUGAGUCAAUCUCACUUGGGUCCGUGGUUCAGAAAGGAAAGGCCCUGUGAUGCUAUGGCUCAAAUUUUAUGGCCGAAUGGCGCAAGAGUUGCUCCAUAUAAAACGAAAGGUAAGAGCUAUGUUAUAUCCCGGGAUUCGAAGAGAAAAAGGAACAUUGAGAAAGUAUUUCUUGGUCUGGGAUGGAGUGAGGCUGAAGUCCAGGGGUUGCAGUGGGAUUAUUUCAUCGAUGUUGUUAGAGAUGUUUCUGCUUUGUGA